UAAAUCCUGAUAUAAGAGUUCUGGACGAUAUCAGGAGUUAAACUAACAUUCGCUGCAUUAUGACGCUCAAUUGACGCUAACGAAUCGUGAUUGCCAAUCCUUGUGGAUCCCUAUCCCUACUAGUCGGUUUGCAGUUUGCAUAGGUGAACGUGAAAUAAUACGUGGAUUUAGCCUCUGGAAAACGAUAUUAUAAAAUAAUGAAUCGGAUUGAAUAUAUUAUAUAACGUUAUAGUGUGCAAGGAAGCGUGAACAAAAGGAACGCCAACAAUGCUUUCGGAUCUUAGCAGGGCACGAGGGGUGGAGGUACGCAGGCGACACCGCGGCUUUUUCAAAAUGGAGCCUGUCUUGGAGAACGAGCAACUUUUUAAAAACACUCACUUUGGAGACAGGAGCGUCUGCGGAGAAGUAGUGACAUCAGGGGUAUAUGGAGUAUUCAGACAGAGAUCGUUUGGAUCGUGCGAUCAGCACAAUUCGUCGCUGUCACGCACACUGUCAUCGUAUGCGCGAGUUGCACGGCGCCUUUCUUCAACGAAAACGAAAUUUGGCACAUUAUUCAAUCGCAAAAUGGCGGCUAGUGCAAAUACCUCAAGUUUGUGGCCGAAUAGUCAGGCUGACUAUGAAUUGCGAGACGUUAUUGGUGUCGGUGCUACCGCCGUUGUGUAUGGAGCCUUUUGCAUACCACGUCAAGAAAAAUGUGCCAUUAAGAGAAUCAAUUUGGAGAAAUGGAAUACGUCAAUGGAUGAACUGCUUAAAGAAAUACAGGCAAUGUCAAGCUGCAACCAUGAAAAUGUAGUAACAUACUAUACUAGUUUUGUUGUAAACGAUGAAUUAUGGCUUGUGCUGAGACUCCUUGAAGGAGGAAGUCUUUUGGAUGUAAUAAAGCAUAAGAUGAAAGUGACAAACUGCAAACAUGGAGUAUUUGAUGAGGCAACCAUUGCUACUGUGCUCAAGGAAGUUUUGAAGGGCUUGGAGUACUUCCAUAGCAACGGACAGAUUCACAGGGAUAUAAAAGCUGGUAACAUUUUACUAGGCGAGGAUGGGACAGUGCAAAUUGCAGACUUCGGUGUUUCAGCCUGGCUGGCCACCGACAGAGACCUCUCAAGGCAGCCAGUGAGGCACACUUUCGUGGGAACGCCGUGCUGGAUGGCCCCUGAAGUUAUGGAGCAAGAUCAUGGAUAUGAUUUCAAAGCUGACAUUUGGUCAUUCGGCAUAACAGCCAUAGAGAUGGCUACUGGCACUGCCCCAUACCACAAGUACCCUCCGAUGAAAGUACUAAUGCUUACUCUACAGAACGAACCGCCCAACAUUGACACAGGAGCUGAUGAAAAGGACCAGUACAAGGCAUACGGAAAAACAUUCAGAAAAAUGAUUGUGGAUUGUUUACAAAAGGAUCCGUCCAAACGCCCCACUGCCACGGAGCUGCUUAAACACCCUUUCUUCAAGAAGGCCAAAGAUAGGAAGUAUCUGACCCAGACACUUGUCGCGAUUGGUCCUAGUAUGGAAACAAGAGUGCAUAAGGCGAGCAGAAGGCAACCGGGAACGUCGGGCCGGUUGCACCGCACCGUCACCGGCGAGUGGGUGUGGAGCGAGGAGGAGGACGAGGGCGAGCCGCACGAGUCCGAGGACGAGUCGUCGCCCACGCCGGACCGGCGGCCCAUGAACCGGCUCCAGCCGGCGGACUCUAGUGGCAGCGACUCCGAGGAGGAGCCCACGAUGAAAGCGGUCUCUUCGCCAGUCGCAGCCACGACCGCUACUGAUGAACCACCUACUAUCAACCUCGUUUUAAGGCUAAGAAAUUCCCUUCGCGAGCUGAACGACAUACGGUUCGAGUUCGUGAUGGGCAAGGACUCGGCGGAGGGCAUCGCGGCGGAGCUGAUCGGCGCCGGGCUGGUGGACCCGCGCGACUCCGUGCCCAUCUCCACGCACCUGGAGAGCCUGCUCGACUCGCAGACGCCGCUCGCGCCCGCCGCACCCAAAACGGUCACAUUCCACUUGGUGAAGAUGGACGGGGGCAGUAAGCCAGAAGCGAUGUGCCGCGUGUGUGGCGACAAGGCUUCAGGAAAGCACUACGGAGUACCGUCCUGCGACGGGUGCAGGGGCUUCUUCAAACGAAGCAUACGACGAAACUUAGACUACGUGUGUAAGGAGAGCGGGCGCUGUAUCGUGGACGUCACCCGUCGGAACCAGUGCCAGGCCUGCCGCUUCUCCAAGUGCCUGCGAGUUAACAUGAAAAAAGACGCUGUGCAGCACGAGCGCGCGCCUCGGCCGGUCGCCACCCAACACCAGCUGACCUUACAUAAGCUAGGAUACAACUUUGGUCGCCAGACGAACUUCUUUCCCCCUUCCACCCCCCUAACUCUCGCUUCCUUACCGCAACUGAACACUUAUAGCAGCGUUACCCCUGCGCCGCCCGACCUUGCCAUGUCCACUUCGUUUUUAGACACAUCCUUUCAAGAUUUCUCAAGACUUCCUGAAGCGAUUCCGUCCGAACGUCCGCAGUUAAGUCCGUUCUUUAGCACUCAACCCAGCUCACUGAGCUCUUUAAAUCCGUUCAAAAUUCCGCUUUUCCCGAGUCACUUGCAUUACCCUAUCCCGCAUAGUGGAUAUUUCCCUGCAAACAUAUUCUAUCCUCCGGUAAUCUCAACUGAGAGAUCGAUGACGCCUCUGGGAUCUACCAAUAACCAUGAGCUUAAUUCUCCUAAAAUUAAAACAUCAUUAUCGAAUCCAACUUCAGAAAAGCCGGACUCGCAACUACCGGACAAAAUCAAGGAAGAUGAAGUCUCGAGUUCGGAGGAAGCAUUUAAAUCAAAUCGGUUCUUGGCUAAUGUCGACAAGGAAGAUACCAGGAACCCGGCCCCAUGCUCCCCGAACAACUGCGAGCCUCCGGUUAUUCACGUCGUAUCAAAAUUAGGAGAAACCCGCGUGCACCUAGACUCCACUAGAGCAGAGAACAUUUCAGUGGAAUGUAUUAUAAAAGAACAAGAGAAGUAUGCACGGCAAGAGAGUAAAGUUAGGAAGUCGAGGAUACACUUCGAUAGUAGCCUAACUUUGUCAGGAGAACAGAUCCACGAUCCGGCGGCGAAGCUGCUUGUGGCCUCAAUCAAAUGGCUGCAUGGAGUGCCAUCGUUUACGCAACUUAACACUUCGGAGCAAAUUCCUCUAUUACACCAUAAUUGGCGAGAACUCUUUCUUAUCGCAGCUGCACAAUACUCCUACUACUUCGACGAAGAAGAUAUGCAUUUAUCAACGGCUACAAGAACGGCUAACCCUAAAGCAGAGUUGAAAAAACUAACAGCCCUUAUAAAAAGAAUAGCGCAGUGCAGAUUAGAUAAAUCAGAAUACGACUGGUUAAAAUCAGCGCUGCUAUACAGAAAUGAUUGCUUCGAGGGCCCCACCUCGUCACAGCUCGAGCUUCUGCAAGACCACACGUUGAUGCUACUGCAAGGCCACUGCUCCAGGAAGGACUCGGCCCGUUUCGGCCGCCUGAUGCUGCUGCUACCCACCAUAUGUUGCCUGUCCAACCACGGCUUACUUGAAGACCUACUCUUCCCUGACACGUCCACUGACGCUAUUCACUCUACUCUCACUCGUAUUCUCAUGUACACAUCAAUAUAAAAGUGGUAUUUGGCAUGCAACCAUUUUGAU